AUGUUGAGGGAUACGGAUAUAGAUUCCAUGACUACCCAUCUUGGAAUCUUGUCAACAGAAAACAACAAGCACCAUGAAAAUCUGCAAGAUGUUCUGCAGCAAUUCAAGCGCCUCCUAGAGGACUACAGCUCUCUCAAAAGUGAUUACGAAGAGGUCAAGGAAGGCCGAGAGAAAUACAAAAAGCAAGCUCGCGGUCAGGAUCGUAACCCAUUCGUGCUGGUGCUUGUCGAUGGUGAUGGCUACCUUUUCAAAGAACACUUUAUCAAAGCCGGUGCCGAGGGCGGCAUUAAUGCAGCCCGUGAAUUGAGCGACUCGGUCAAGGAGCUCAUGCACUCUACAUUGGGAAUGCAGGCCGAUCAGUGUCGGAUUAUGGUUCGUGUCUACGCCAAUAUGCUUGGAUUGUCCAAGACUCUCGCUCGGGCAGGCCUAUGUGGCCAUGAAGCUCGAUCCCUGGCACCCUUCACCUCGGCUUUCAACCGUGCCCAGGAUCUCUUUGACUUUGUCGAUGCUGCCGAAAAGAAAGAGGGCAGCGAUUUUAAAAUCAGAGAAAUGUUCCGACUUUUCGCAGAUUCCAAUCAGUGCCGACAUAUCUACUUUGCGGGCUGUCACGAUACUGGAUUUGGCUCUCUGUUGACCCCAUAUAGGGGCCGAAGUGACCGCAUCACCCUCAUCAAGGCUGCUUCCUUCCAUCGGGAAUUCGAAUAUCUGGGCUUACCGAUCAGAGAGCUGCCGUCCGUCUUCAAAUCUACACCUAUUGCUAGCACCAAACCAAAUACUACCGUCAACACCAAGGCGGCUUCUGCCACAAAUGGCAGCAAUAAGCCGAUCUGCAAACAUUACCAAAAAGGUAUUUGCAAGUACGGUAAUUCUUGCAUCAAGCAGCAUGUCAUGCCCGGUCAAACUCUGUCUGCUAAGUCACCGGAAGAAUCGCCAAACAAGUCGUGGUCUACUCCAACUAUCGUGGGCCGCACGCAGGAGUUCCUUUCCACUCAACUGCCGCCAAUGAGCCUCAAAUCGGAGGAAUUCAUCGCUAUCAAUAAGGAUGGCGAACGUAUCGACACCUAUUGUCCCCAUCCACCCGCGGAUGCCAUGGAUGAGUACCACCGCCGUGCCAAAGAGCACAAGGUCUGCAACAGCUAUCACCUAUCCGGAGAGUGUGGUGACAUGAGUUGCCAAUACGACCACAGUGAUGUCUCUGACACCAUAGUCGACGUACUCAGAUACAUCCUCCUUCAGCACCCUUGCCCUCGAGCCGGGGUUUGCCGGUCCAUUCAAUGUUACAUGGGCCAUCUAUGCCAGAAGCCAAACUGCAAGGCCGUCAAGAGCUGGCAGUGUCGCUUCAACCACCGUGCCCACAGUCUUGAUCUCCAAGUUUCUCAGUGGGUCGUACCUGUCGAACAGGCCGAGGGAGAGCAAUCCUCAAUGAGCGGCGACUCAUUCGAAGGCACCACCUCUCCAAGCACCAUCAACUUCUAA